AUGUACGCCUUAGAUAUCCCAGUGUCCGAGGUCAGGUCAAAGAUCCGCGAGGAGUUCAAGAAGAACAAAAACUUGGCACAUACACCGCCACACACAACCCCAAGCCGAUCGUACAUGCUAGGGUCCAUCCGUGUCAUGUAUGUUAGUGUGUGGUCUGAGACCUGUGCUGCUAUCUGUGGGGUCAUCGUAGACGGCAUUUGUAGGUACUGGCCUUUUAGCAAGGCACGUGUGGGUACUGACCUUUUAGCAAGGCACGUGUGGGUAUAUCUUUUGCUGGCCUACUUCUCUGCGGCAUCUAGGAUGGAACCUUUAGUCCGUGCCAUGUAUGUUAGUGUGUGGGCUGAAACCUGUGCUGCUAUCUGUGGGGUCAUCGUAGACCACUUGGCAUUUGUAGGUACUGGUCUUUUAGCAAGGCACGUGUGGAUCACAGACAUUCGAGUAGCGGAUAUGCUAGUUGUUAAAGGCAAGAUGGAGUACGAUGAAACGAUCCACUUCUGGAAGCAAAAAUCGCACGUGAUGCGAUACUGGAAGGAUGAAGAGGACCUAAACAAUCCGUUAAAGAUGGACUUCUUGGAACGUUUCUACCGCGGCGUCUAA